AUGGCCUCAGACGAAUACCCACCUUACAUCCCGAUGCCCUCGCUCGGCCACGAGCUAGGGCUAAUGUUCGGCUUCUUGUCUCUCUGUAUAGUGGUUAUGGGUGCAUAUGUUGCUCUCUGGCGUGUAUCCCAAACCCGCCUAGACGCCCAAGACCUCGCCCGCCGCAAAGCCUUCCGAAACAAGAACCCAGCCAUAGGAACAACAACUUCCAUAACAGCAGGCCGAAGCCCAAGUCCUAUUAAAAACACAACAGUCACCCCAACCCUCAAAACAGCCGCACAAGAAAAAAUGCUCGACCGCGUCGUCCUGCCCGAGAACCGUGCCGAGCUACCAGUCCACGGGAUGGAGAUGUACGCGACGAAGGGGAAUGCGAGCACAUCGCAGAUCAGGAGUCCGCUUGGUCAGUCUAUGCUUAGUCCUGUUAGCCCUGUCAGUCCGCUUGGGAGUGGCGGGCUUGCGGGUAGGGCUGUUGGUUCUAUUAGUCCGGUUGGGGGUGGGAUUGCGCUUGAGUCUAUUGUUGGGAUGGCGUUGGAGGGGGGAAGGAGUCUGGGUCAGGCCCCUUUUCGUGAUGGAUUUCGGUCGGCGAGUCCUGCGAGGAGGUUUGGGAGUGGGAGUGGCCCGGCUGUUGAGAUUGGGCCUGCGCCUAGUCGGGAGUAG